UGGAUGAAAAAGUUACCAGUGACUCCUCAUGCGAAUAUAAAUCAACUUCUGUCACGCUUUAUACUCGUGAUUUUGGUAUGAAGACAAUUAACCAAUGCGCACACUUCUGCUUCUAUCUGAUUUACUGGACACCUCUUUUGUGUCUGAUGAAAGGUAUUCAAGCAUUUAAAAAAAAACGUCUAUGACGCUGUCAUAUUUUUGUAGAUCUACAGAAAAGGACUCCUGCCAUGCCUGUUGGCCGUGUUGAGGUUUUAGGCUCCGGUUUCUUGAUAAUUGCAUUUUGAUACUUUACUUUUGAAAUAAAUUACCUAACUAGUUAUUUUCACAAUGAAGGUUUUCAAUUUAAUUUUUGUCGGUUGCUUUGUCAUCGUUUUCGUCGACGUUGUCCAACCAGCAAACGUCCUUCUCAGUGCCGAGUACGGUGCCGGUUCUCACUUUUUACUAUUCGCCAAGAUGGGGGAAGAGCUGGUUAACAGAGGACACAACGUUACUUUCCUGAUUGGCCAAGCUUAUGCAUAUCGCAUCCAUCAAGCUCCGUACAAAGAUCUCUUCAACUUUGUAAUUAUUGAUCACGCACGACCUCACUCUGAAGUCCUUGGAGCCUUUAAGAAAUUUGGCGGGCUCUACUCUCACUCGUCCAUUGCACAAGUCUUCAGUUACGAAGAUGCGAUCCGUGAUGUUUAUCUGGAUGAUUGUCGGAAGGUGCUCGCCGAUGACGCAUUGACGUCUACAUUGGCACAUUCAAAUUAUGACAUUGUCGUAUUCGAUGUGAUUUGGAUGUGCGGGGCUCUGAUUGCACAAAAACUAACCAUUCCUUCGGUGGCAGUCGUGGCCGGACUCGCAAUGCAGACGGCAUACCCGUAUGCAGGAAUUCCGAUAAAUCCAGCAUUCAUGCCGAUAGUAUCUACUGGAUUCUCCAAUCAUAUGAACUUCUUUGAACGCCUGGUCAAUCUCUUUAUGGUUUGGAUGGUGCACUAUGGACAAGGCACUCCAUAUUAUACCGGCAAACACUUCAGCUCGAUCAAGGACGAGUUCAACAUUAGGCCCGAUUUGAGCAUGGAUGAACUCCUCAGUGAGGUUGAUAUGUGGUUUGUCGCAAAUGAUUUCGCCUUGGAAUUUUCAGCACCAUUAACUCCGAACGUCAUCCCAGUGGGCGGGUUUACUGCAGGUCCAGCAGGAAAAUUAAGCAAGGAGCUGGUGGAUUACAUCGAUAGCGCAGGCGAUCACGGCAUUAUCAUCUUUACACUGGGGACGUACUGUGCCGCCGUUGAUCAAAGCAUCCUCAAAAUCUUCGCAGAUGCCUUUGCAGAAGUCGACCAGAAAAUCAUAUGGCAGAUCGAAGAUACAAUGAAAAGAUCCCUGAACUUUGAUAUACCCGACAAUGUCAAGAUGUUUCCUUGGAUACCACAAAACAAUCUUUUAGGUCAUUCGAAGACACGAUUGAUGAUGUAUCAUGGUGGUAAUAAUGGUCUUCAUGAGGCGUUGUACCAUGGAGUACCCUUGAUAAUGGUUCCAAUUAUUGGUGACCAGCACGACACUGCAACCCGUGUUGUCGAGAGAGGAACUGGAAUUCGGAUAACCAGACAAGAACUAAGUAAGCUCAAGGUGGUUGAGUCGCUGAAGGAAGUCCUCUCAAACAACAAAUACAAAGAAAAGGCUUUGCAGUUGUCAUCUAUCUACAGACAUCGUCCCCAGACUUCAACAGAACGAGCAGCAUUCUGGAUUGAGCACGUGAUUCAGUUUGGCGGACAAUACAUGAAAUCACCUGUACCUAAUAUCAGCUUGUUCAAACUUUACCUCGUCGAUGUCAUUCUAUUCCUUGCUCUGAUUGGUGGAAUGUUUUUCUACGUCACGUACAGAGUUGCUCGAGUGCUCUUUGCUCUUCUGUGGAACACUAAUAUUGAAGAGAAAUAUAAACUAUCUUGAUGCUUGUCGGUCAUGUUGAUGGGUUUAUACACACACUAUUGUGUACGUGUCUAUUCCUACUGGGAUUGAAAGGGAAUGAAACCUUGGAACAGUUAGCUGGUAUGAAAGCAGAAUAAUGAAAGAAUAAGAUCAACGACAGUUUUAGUAAAGCUGUACAACAUUUAAAAAGUUAUGAGCAUUUUAAAUGUUGAGAACACUAGUGCUAUAUUCUCGCAUUUGCAUUGCGAACAAGAUCGGUGAUGUCGUACAACUUCUCACCUAAAACAUACCCAAACAUUUUCUUUUGGGGCUCAUUAUAAUGAUGAUAUUAUACAACACUUAUAGCGCUUAAUACAACUUUUAUA